GGAGGUCGCAUUGUUCCGCUCGUCGACACAAUGAAGCUGUUCUUGGUUGUGUUGUGCGGAGUGGCGGCCCUGGCGUCGCGAGCGGUGGCCGAGGAGCCUAUCCUGCUGCACUACCACGACAACGCGGGAGUGCCGCUGGCUGAGCUAAUCCGCCAGUCUGAGGAGGCGGCUGAUUUCGACGGCUCGCGCAUCGCCGGCGGCUCCCUGGCCAACCUCGGCCAGUACCCGUACCUGGGCGGGCUCGUGGUCACGCUGAACGACGGGCGCACCUCCGUAUGCGGUUCCACCUUGCUAACCAACACGCGACUGGUGACGGCGGCGCACUGUUGGUUCGACGGGCGCAGUAACGCGCGCCAGCUGACCGUCGUGUUGGGCUCUGCGCGGCUCUUCUCAGGCGGCACCCGAGUCAACUCUAACAACGUCCAGAUUCACGCCAGCUACAACUCCGCCAACCUCCGCAACGACGUCGCCAUCAUCACCACCUCGCACAUCAGCUACAGCAACAACAUCCGCAACAUCGGGCUGGCUUCAGGCAGCAAUCAGUUUGCCGGCACGUGGGCGUGGGCAGCCGGCUUCGGCAGGACAGGGAACAAUGCGGUGAUCGGCAACAACCAGGCGCUGUCGCACGUCCAGUUGCAGGUGAUCACGAACGCAGUAUGCGCGCAGACGUACGGCACUAACAGCAUCAUCGCCUCCACGCUGUGUACGAGUGGCGCUGGCAGCCGCGGCGUCUGCCCUGGCGACUCCGGCGGCCCCCUCGUCGCCAACAACCAGCUCAUUGGAGUGACAUCAUUCACGGCGCAGCGAGGCUGCCAGGCGGGUCUGCCAUCCGGCUUCGCGAGGGUCACCGCCUUCCACUCUUGGAUUACCAGCCGCAUAUAAGCCCACUGCUUUCGACGAUUGUUUUAUAGUUAUAAAUAAAUGUUAUUUAUUUUAAUUCCUAUA